AUGUGCAUAGCCCUGUCUGCUCUCCAGGGAAGUGCCCUACACGCCCCCUACCCAGCCACGUCCUCCUACACUCAUGUGUUGCUGGUGACCGGGGCCAACAAGGGCAUCGGCUUUCCCAUCACGCGCAACCUGUGCCGUCAGUUCUCAGGGGACGUGGUGCUCACGGCACGGGACACGGCGCUGGGCCAGGCAGCCGUGCAGCAGCUGCCGGCUGAGGGCCUGAGCCAGCGCUUCCACGAGCUGGACAUCGAUGACCUGCAGAGCAUCCAUGCCCUGCGGGACUUCCUGCACAACAAGUAUGGGGGCCUUGACGUGCUGGUCAACAACGCAGGCAUCAUCUUCAGACCUAAUGAUUCCACACCUGUUCACAUUCAAGCAGAAGUGACAAUGAAAACAAACUUUUUUGGUACCCAAGAUGUCUGCACAGAGCUACUGCCUCUCAUACAACCCCAAGGCAGCGUGGUGAAUGUGUCUAGCAAAAUGAGCUUCAUGCCUCAUAAACACUGCAGCCCAGAACUCCAGGAGAAGUUUACAAGUGAAACCAUCACGGAGGAGCAGCUGUUGGGGCUCAUGAACAAGUUCGUGGAGGAUACGAAGAACGGAGUGCACAAAAAGGAAGGCUGGCCUGAUAUCAAGGUAACGGCAUAUGGAGUGUCGAAGAUAGGCAUCACGGUCCUGUCCAGAAUCCAUGCCAAGAAACUGAGUGAGCAGAGGAGAGAGGGCAAGAUCCUCAUGAAUGCCUGCUGCCCAGGAUGGGUAAGAACUGACAUGGGGGGACCCAAACGCAUAAAAACCCCAGAAGAAGGAGCAGAGACCCCUGUGUACUUGGCCCUUUUGCCCUCGGAUGCUGAGGGGCCUCAUGGGUUUGUUAGGGAAAAGAAAGUUGAACAAUGGGGACCCCACUUAUAA